AUGAUGUUGGAUGUACAGAAAAGGUGGUCAUGGGGGUUGAUAUUACUGGGGAUUGUUGUAAUAUUAUGGGUUCUAUCGUCAUUUUUAAUUAAUAUUAUAUUCAAGGAUAAUUUGUAUAGGAAACCGUUUUUUAUUACUUAUAUUAAUACAGUUUCGUUUAUUUUUUAUUUGGUACCUUUAUUGUUCACAUUUACUAAAAACUUAAUAAGAAAUGGUUGUAGUAAUCCAAUUCAGAAUUUACAUGAAGAGUUAGUUAUUGCUCAAGAAGGUCAUCAUGAGGUUGAUGAUGAAGAAGAGACUGAUCCUCUAUUGAUAAAUAGAACAAAGUCAAAUAAAUCACAAAAUGAGAGGUUAUCGUUAAAUGAAACUAUUUGGUUAAGUUUACAAUUUUGUUCCCUAUGGUUUUUAGCAAAUUUAGUGACAAACGCUUCAUUAGCUUACACAAGUGUUGCUUCACAAACUAUUCUAUCUUCAACUUCUUCGUUUUUCACCUUAUUUAUCGGAGCUAUUUGGAAAGUGGAAUCGGUUACAAAAUCUAAAUUACUAGGUUCCUUAAUUUCAUUCAUUGGUAUCCUGUUUGUUACUCAUUCUGAUUAUUAUAAUUAUGAUUAUCCGCCAAUAACAAAACCACAUUCAUUGGCAUCAUUAUUUGAUGGUGACUCAAACAGUCCAUUUAAAAUAGUCUUCGGAAACAUAUUAGCAUUAUCUGGCGCUUUAUUAUAUAGUGUCUAUUCAAUUUUAUUAAAGCAUAAGGUUCAAGAUGAAACUAGACUAAAUAUGCAUAUUUUCUUUGGAUUUGUUGGUUUUUUUACGUUGGUACUGUUUUGGCCAAUAAUGUUGUUAUUACAAUAUUACAAUUGGGAGACUUUUGAAUUACCUUCCUCUAAAAAGGUUACAAUUAUUAUAAUAUUGAACUGUUUAAUUACAUUUAUUAGUGAUUAUUGCUGGGCCAACGCAAUGUUAUUAACGACACCUUUCAUUGUUACAGUAGGGCUUUCGGUGACAAUCCCAUUGGCAAUGUUGGGUGAUUUUAUUUUUGUUGAUAGAUCGAUGACAUUGAUAUAUGUAGUUGGUGCAGCUUUAAUCAUGGGUUCUUUCCUAAUUAUCAACACAGACUCGGAACAGGAACAAAUUGAAAAUCAACUCCAAAUUCAAAUUCAAGAAGAACAAAUUUAA